CACACGGCCAGCGAAUCCGACACCACUAUCUGCGCCGCAGGAGCAGCAGGUUAGGGAUCUGUACUACAAGAACGUGCGCGCGAAAUGCGCGCCAGAAAUCGAAGGUGCGUAAUCACACUUCUACCCAGUGCCACCAUUCACUAUUCGACCACUCCUGGCUACACAUGAACCAUCUCCUCGCACGACCCAUACUCACUUAUCCCUUCACAGCCUUUGCACAAUGCGCCCUCGGCCGCACCCUAACCAUGAUCUACGCCUGUCGCCAGCCCCGGCUCGCCAUGAACGCCUGCAUGUUGCAAUACCAGAACCAGGACGAGCUCGAUGCGGCGCGGAGUAAGUGGUUUGAGCUCGCCGAGGAACGAAAGAAGGCGCGCUUGGAGCAUAAGAGGCAGCUCGCGGAUGCAAAGGACAAGCACAAGGAGUGGUGGAAUCUGGAUGAUUCGGGACGUUUGCAGGGGAAGAAGCUGGAGGAGGGCGGCGAGGGGGUUAGGCGGAGGGAGGAGAAUAAGGUAGAUUCGAGCGGUGUGAGGAGGGGCGGUGUGUGGGGUGGGACAUGAGGAGACCGGUUUUUUCGAGGGGGAGCAGAGGAAGGAUGCUUCUGCGGAGCCUCAGGCCGCGGCGGGCUCCUCGUACCGAGCAGCUAGGACCAAUCGACGCUAUCGUGAUGAGGGAUGAGACAAAGCUUUGCCAGUGUGCAUGGCUUGUUGGCGCGGGAGCGUGGGCGUACGCUGGCUCUGACGUGGCGCGAUUGCAUUGAAGGCGUUCUGGAACCACGCAAGACAUUUGCAUACAUGUAUAGAUACUGGA